ACCGUGCCGGCGCUCCUCGCGCGGGGCCGUACCGCGUGCUUCGCCCCGCUCGGAGCAGGACCGGCGUCCGUGGAUGACCGCCAAUGUUAGCUGUGGGGCAGAUGGAUGCUAACCGGCAGAGCGCGUUCGUGCUGGGCAGCACGCCGCUGGCCGCGCUGCACAACAUGGCCGAGAUGAAGAGCUCUCUAUUCCCCUACGCCCUGCAGAGCCCCUCCGGCUUCAAGGCGCCGGCCCUGGGCGGCCUCAACACGCAGCUGCCCCUGGGGACGCCGCACGGCAUCAGCGACAUCCUGGGGCGGCCCGUGGGCGCCGCCGGCAACCUGCUGGGCGGGCUGCCCCGCAUCAACGGCCUGGCAGCCUCGGCCGGGGUGUACUUCGGGCCCGCCGCCGUCUCCCGGUAUCCGAAGCCGCUGGCGGAGCUGCCGGGGCGGCCGCCUAUCUUCUGGCCGGGAGUGGUACAGGGCUCUCCGUGGCGGGACCCACGCCUCACCUGUCCCGCUCAGACGGGAAUGGUUUUGGACAAAGACGGGAAGAAGAAGCACUCGCGGCCGACUUUCUCGGGGCAGCAGAUUUUUGCUCUGGAGAAAACCUUCGAGCAGACGAAGUACCUGGCGGGGCCCGAGCGAGCGCGGCUCGCUUAUUCACUGGGGAUGACAGAGAGCCAGGUGAAGGUGUGGUUCCAGAACAGACGGACCAAGUGGCGGAAGCGGCACGCGGCAGAGAUGGCCUCGGCGAAGAAGAAGCACGACUCGGAGACGGAGAAGCUGAAGGAGAGCUCGGACAAUGAGGACGAUGAUGAAUACAACAAACCACUGGACCCCAACUCAGAUGAUGAGAAAAUUACGAGGCUAUUGAAAAAGCACAAAUCCACGAACCUCGCCCUCGUCAGCCCCUGCAGCACCAGCUCGGACACGUUGUGAGUGGUGCGGCUGGAUGUUGAAGUGGUGUAUUGUACAGCCCGAGAUGUAUGUGAAAUGUAUAUAUUUUUUACAGAAUAAGUUAUGAAAUUAUUUUCUUUCUCAUCGAUGUAAAUUUCAGAGGAAUCUUUACGACUUCUUGGUUUUCCUUUUAUGUCCCUUUCAGGUUCGCUCCUCUCUCUUUCAGCUAAUUCCUGCUCCUAACAAUCAGCGUUUGUCAACGUUUUGAAAGGAGCACAAAACCCCAGCGUGGCCACUUUGUACAUAGUGAACUUCAGAUUUUGUGAUGUAUAUUUCUAGUGUAAAAACGGCGUUUUCUUUCACUCCCUCCCUCUGCUCAGGGGCUUGGCGGUUUGAUUUCUUCUGCCUCCGGAUUUUAUGCUUAAUAAUAUCGAGAGGGGAAAAAAAAAAGCGAGAGAAAAAAAAAAAAGGACACCUGAUUUUAAAUUGGAUUAAUGCUGUCGUCUCCACACGGGUUGGAAAGACUUCGUAUAAAUCAAUAAAUUAUUUAACACG